GAGACUCGUCGGGAAGAUGGCGGCUGCUCCUCUGGAGGAACGGGGUUGAGCGGGGAAAGGACCGGGGCCAGGCCGAGGAGACGUUCCCGAACAGCGAAGACGGACGUUUCGCUCGCCGUUAGGAGCCCCGCUCCGCGCCGGACGUUGUGGUUGCAUCACAUGACUAAGAUUAUAAAUGAAGAUACUAUGUGAGCAGUUGGGACAAGAAACAGAAUUACAUGCUCUAGAAGGAAGACAUCACGAUGGCUACAGAAAUUGGCUCUCCUCCACGUUUUUUCCAUAUGCCAAGGUUCCAGCAUCAAGCACCUCGACAACUGUUUUAUAAGCGACCUGAUUUUGCACAGCAGCAAGCAAUGCAGCAGCUUACCUUCGAUGGGAAACGAAUGAGAAAAGCUGUAAACAGAAAAACUAUAGACUAUAAUCCGUCUGUAAUUAAGUAUCUGGAGAACAGAAUAUGGCAAAGAGACCAGAGAGAUAUGCGGGCUAUUCAGCCUGAUGCAGGUUAUUACAAUGAUCUAGUCCCACCUAUAGGAAUGUUGAGUAACCCUAUGAAUGCAGUAACAACAAAAUUUGUUCGGACAUCAACAAAUAAAGUAAAGUGUCCAGUAUUUGUUGUAAGAUGGACUCCAGAAGGAAGACGGUUGGUCACUGGAGCUUCUAGUGGAGAGUUCACCUUGUGGAAUGGACUCACUUUCAAUUUUGAAACAAUAUUGCAGGCUCAUGAUAGCCCAGUGAGGGCCAUGACUUGGUCACAUAAUGACAUGUGGAUGUUGACAGCCGACCAUGGAGGAUAUGUGAAAUACUGGCAGUCGAAUAUGAACAACGUCAAGAUGUUCCAGGCACAUAAGGAGGCGAUUAGAGAGGCCAGUUUCUCACCCACGGAUAAUAAAUUUGCUACAUGCUCUGAUGACGGCACUGUUAGAAUCUGGGACUUUCUUCGUUGCCAUGAGGAAAGAAUUCUCCGAGGCCAUGGUGCUGAUGUGAAAUGUGUAGACUGGCAUCCAACCAAAGGGUUAGUUGUUUCAGGAAGUAAAGAUAGUCAACAGCCAAUCAAGUUCUGGGAUCCUAAGACUGGUCAGAGUCUUGCAACACUUCAUGCCCAUAAAAACACAGUAAUGGAAGUUAAAUUAAACCUCAAUGGUAAUUGGCUGCUCACAGCAUCACGUGACCAUCUCUGUAAACUUUUUGACAUCCGAAACCUGAAAGAAGAGCUCCAAGUAUUUCGAGGUCAUAAGAAAGAAGCCACAGCGGUAGCCUGGCAUCCGGUUCACGAAGGACUUUUUGCCAGUGGAGGAUCUGAUGGUUCUUUGUUAUUCUGGCAUGUUGGGGUGGAGAAGGAGGUGGGUGGGAUGGAGAUGGCCCAUGAAGGGAUGAUAUGGAGUCUGGCCUGGCAUCCCCUUGGACAUAUCCUCUGCUCAGGCUCCAAUGACCACACCAGCAAAUUCUGGACUCGAAACCGACCAGGUGAUAAAAUGCGAGAUCGAUAUAAUCUAAACCUAUUACCUGGAAUGUCUGAAGAUGGAGUAGAAUAUGAUGACCUUGAGCCUAAUAGUCUGGCAGUAAUUCCAGGAAUGGGAAUUCCAGAACAACUAAAAUUAGCCAUGGAACAAGAGCAGCUGGGGAAAGAUGAAUCAAAUGAAAUUGAAAUGACAAUUCCUGGUUUAGAUUGGGGAAUGGAGGAGGUAAUGCAAAAGGAUCAGAAAAAAGUACCUCAGAAGAAAGUCCCUUAUGCAAAACCUAUUCCUGCUCAGUUCCAGCAGGCUUGGAUGCAAAAUAAAGUUCCAAUUCCUGCUCCAAAUGAGGUUAUGAAUGACAGGAAAGAGGACAUUAAAUUAGAAGAGAAGAAGAAAACACAAGCAGAGAUUGAGCAAGAAAUGGCUACAUUGCAGUACACCAAUCCACAGCUUUUGGAGCAACUUAAAAUUGAAAGACUUGCACAGAAACAGGCUGAGCAGAUUCAACCACCUCCCUCGUCUGGCACCCCUCUCCUGGGACCUCAGCCCUUUCCAGGACAAGGGCCAAUGUCUCAGAUUCCUCAAGGUUUCCAACAGCCCCACCCAUCUCAGCAGAUACCAAUGAACAUGGCACAGAUGGGCCCUCCGGGCCCUCAGGGACAGUUUAGACCCUCUGGGCCCCAGGGACAAAUGGGACCACAGGGUCCUCCACUGCACCAGGGAGGUGGGGGGCCUCAAGGAUUCAUGGGACCACAGGGGCCUCAGGGCCCACCCCAGGGCCUGCCCCGGCCUCAGGAUAUGCAUGGACCCCAAGGGAUGCAGAGGCAUCCAGGACCUCAUGGCCCUAUGGGACCUCAAGGGCCGCCUGGACCACAGGGCGGUGCUGGUCCUCAAGGCCCUGUGGGUCCUCAGGGGCACAUGGGCCCCCAAGGCCCACCUGGUCCCCAAGGCCACAUGGGCCCACAGGGGCCUCCUGGUACUCAAGGAAUGCAAGGACCGCCUGGUCCCAGAGGAAUGCAGGGACCUCCUCACCCUCAUGGGAUCCAAGGUGGCCCGGGAUCUCAAGGGAUCCAAGGUCCGGUGUCUCAGGGGCCUCUGAUGGGUUUGAAUCCAAGAGGAAUGCAGGGGCCCCCGGGGCCCCGGGAAAAUCAAGGCCCUGCUCCUCAAGGUAUGAUGAUGGGCCACCCCCCUCAAGAGAUGAGAGGACCGCACCCUCCAGGUGGACUGCUGGGACAUGGCCCUCAGGAGAUGAGAGGUCCUCAGGAGAUGAGGGGCCUGCAGGGCCCACCGCCACAGGGGUCCAUGCUAGGCCCUCCUCAGGAGCUGAGAGGGCCUCCUGGCUCUCAAGGACAGCAGGGCCCGCCCCAGGGCUCUAUGGGACCUCCACCUCAGGGUGGCAUGCAAGGGCCCCCUGGACCUCAGGGACAGCAGAAUCCAGCAAGAGGGCCACAUCCACCUCAGGGGCCAAUGCCUUUCCAGCAGCAGAAGACGCCUCUACUGGGCGAUGGACCCCGCGCCCCCUUCAACCAGGAAGGACAGAGCUCAGGCCCCCCACCCCUGAUACCAGGCCUGGGGCAGCAGGGAGCACAAGGCCGUAUCCCCCCUCUGAAUCCUGGACAAGGACCUGGCCCUAACAAAGGUGAAUCCCGUGGCCCUCCCAACCACCACCUGGGCCCGAUGUCAGAAAGACGGCAUGAGCAGAGUGCUGGCCCUGACCAUGGGCCUGAGAGAGGGCCCUUCCGGGGUGGCCAGGACUGCAGGGGUCCCCCAGACAGGCGUGGCCCCCACCCCGAUUUCCCAGACGACUUCAGACCAGAUGACUUCCAUCCUGACAAGCGCUUUGGCCACCGGUUGCGGGAGUUUGAGGGACGAGGAGGACCUUUGCCACAAGAAGAGAAGUGGAGGCGAGGGGGGCCCGGGCCGCCAUUUCCCCCUGACCACAGGGAAUUCAGCGAGGGGGAUGGCCGGGGUGCUGCCCGAGGCCCACCAGGGGCUUGGGAAGGCCGCAGACCUGGAGAUGAACGAUUCCCCCGGGAUCCUGAGGACCCACGUUUUCGAGGGCGCAGAGAAGAAAGCUUCAGAAGAGGAGCCCCCCCAAGACACGAGGGUCGAGUCCCCCCCAGAGGAAGGGAUGGCUUUCCAGGUCCUGAAGACUUUGGUCCAGAAGAGAGUUUUGAUGCUUCUGAUGAAGCGGCCCGGGGACGAGAUCUCAGAGGCCGAGGCCGGGGUACCCCACGAGGAGGAAGGAAAGGCUUACUGCCUACUCCUGACGAGUUCCCUCGCUUUGAAGGAGGACGGAAGCCAGACUCAUGGGAUGGAAACCGAGAGCCAGGGCCAGGUCAUGAACAUUUUCGUGACCCUCCCCGCCCAGAUCACCCCCCUCAUGAUGGCCAUUCCCCAGCCAGCCGAGAACGGUCCUCUUCUCUUCAAGGCAUGGAUAUGGCUUCCCUACCACCUCGAAAGCGCCCCUGGCAUGAUGGGCCAGGUACUUCUGACCUCAGAGAAAUGGAGGCUCCAGGGGGCCCUUCUGAGGACCGAGGAAGCAAAGGACGAGGGGGCCCAGGACCUUCCCAGAGAGUGCCAAAAUCGGGGCGCUCCAGCUCCUUGGAUGGCGACCACCAUGAUGGAUACCACAGAGACGAACCUUUUGGGGGACCUUCGGGCAGUGGCACCCCUUCUCGAGGGGGCAGGAGUGGCAGUAACUGGGGUAGAGGGAGUAACAUGAACUCUGGGCCACCAAGGAGAGGUGCUUCAAGGGGAGGUGGUGGUAGGGGUCGGUAGAAGUGGAGGCUAACCCCUAGGCCUCUCUGGACAGUAUUUUAAGAAUCUGUGUGGACUUAAAGCAAAAAGAAGCCUGCACCAAUGUAGCUCUGAACUCUUCUGAGUGUCCCAGGAACCCCUGCUGAGGUCUUGGAGAUGAAGAGACUGCUGCUGGCCACCUAGAGUGGCCGGCUGUCUUGUCCUGUCCACCUUCAUUGCUCCAACUCCUAUGUUGUUUUGUGAAGAUAAAAGCUGGAAUCCUUUUUUUUUUUUUUUUUAAGUAUACAAGACAUGGAGCACCUCUAUAAUUUAAGUUCAUGUCCAAUUGGAAAUUUGUUUCUAUAUGUACAGUUUGUCAGAGGGAAAAAAAACAUUGUUUUUGUAUGAAUACAGAAUGUGAUUUACGCAAGAAUUAACAGGAAAAAAAAAAAAACAAACCAAAAACUGGUCGUCAAGUGCUUGCCUUAAGAAAACCCUUGCUUUCCAUGACAUCUGAUAGGAGGGGUUGUUGUUCACUUACUGUUGGUGUUCAGUUCAGGGAACUGCUGUCUUCUAAAUGGAUUUCAUUUGUGAACCCUGUGCUUGCAUCGAUGUUUCCUAUCUAUGCUGUUACACUGUUGUUACAGAGGAGACUUAAUAACUAAUGUAAUUGGAAGCAGGCUCAGGGUUUCAAACAGGGUGUGGCAGAUGGAAAAUCCUAUUCUGAAGAAAAACUUGAGCCUUGAGCUCUAGUUGUCCAGCUAGGAGCUUUGCCUUGGUUACAUCUCUGGCAAUCUCACUUUAGACUUAAACUGCUUUGUUUCUACGAGGAAAGGAAUGUGCUGUAAGCCAGAAAUUAAUGACAUACUUUACUGACAAUCACUUCACACACUUAAGUUGAAGAAGAAAUGGACAAAAUAUCCCCUAAAUUUUUCAAAAUAUAUUCCUACUUUUCCGUACUAGCUUUGUGGAAAUACCAAUGUUGAAAGUAGAAGAUAACUCUAAUUUAUAAUAAGACAAAAGUUCUUAUCCAUGACAUGUUCUUGUUUUAAAUAAAACAUUUGGUUCAGUUUGGA